AUGGAGUCUUGGCAGCUUCAGUUCCCGCUGAGGGCGAAAGGUCGGCGCCUCGUCAACCAGUUCGGCCAGCAUUUCAAGUUGGCAGGCGUGAACUGGUAUGGCGCCUCAGAUACUUACCAUGUGGUUGGAGGGUUGGACAUGCGACCAUUGGCAGAAAUCUGCCAUUCAGUCGCAGCCAUGGGCUUCACAGUCGUGCGACUACCAUUUUCCAGUGAGAUGCUCAGAGUCGAGGCAGUUCCGGAAGGUGCCAUCGACUACGACCUAAACCCAACCCUUCUGGGGUUGACACCGCUUGAGGUUUACGACCGCGUGGUCGAACAACUUGGUGCUGCGGGUGUUGCUGUCGUCAUCAACAACCACACCACCGUGGGUUCCUGGAGUGGCGGCGUUGAGCUCAACGGAAUGUGGUUCCGUGAGGGCUGCAAGACCUACACCGAGGAGGCCUGGAUUGAUGAUUGGGUAAUGCUGGCAGAGCGCUACCGUGACAAGGGGUACCAUCAAGUCAUCGGGUAUGACCUCAGAAACGAGGUGCGCCCGACGACCAUGACGGGCCCUGGGCCGCGGUGGGGCGAGCGAGAACGGGGCGGAGGCAAAGGCGCCUGCUGCCAACGAGGUGAGUAUGUUCGAGAUUGGUCGCGAGCUGCGCGGCGUUGCACGCAGGCCCUCCUGAAUGCAGAUGCGCCGGGCUUCGUCGUCGUCGAGCGUAUUGCUUGGCCACAGAACAGCCUGCAGGAUAUGUUGCUGCCGACUCCCCCUUGGGAAGCCUGGGACGUUCCUCGGGAUCGCAUCGUCCUGGCGGUACACAUGUAUGCGUGGAGUGGACCUGGUUCAUGGAGUCCCAAACACUUCCUCCCAGGAAUUUUGAAGUCCUUCUUCAAUGCCGUGGACUACGUCAGCGGCAGGGAGCUGUACGGGGAAAUGAGCCAAGAGGUCCUAGAGCAGCAGAUGGACAAAGAUUUCGGCUUCUGCCUGGACCAGGACAUUUGCCCAGUUUGGCUUUCGGAGCUGGGCGCCGACCUCUCGCGAGGUGAGCUUGGCUGGUUCCUGAAGGUCUGCAAAUACCUGGAAGCGAAGGAUGCAGACUUCGCCUACUGGCCUUUGAAUGUGGGGCCCAAGCCAGGCGGCAGUGAAGACGAGCCGUAUGGCAUUUUGACCAACGACUGGCAGCCGCGCUGGGCUGACCUGCGCCUGCAGGCCUUGCGAAAAUUGGGCCACGGCCCACUGUUGCCGUUGCCGCGGCGCUCGCUUCCGAUGGCCAGGCGACCCCUGCAACUGACACCCCGUCUGCGAGCUGCGACCUUCGACGGCUUUUCGCCGAGUCCCCCGGCGAAGGGCUCUCCGGAACUCACCUAUCCUUUCUCGCCUGGGUCGGUGGCCACAGCCACGCCCAGCUGCUACGGGGAUGUGGAUGAGGUGCCAGCGCUGGCUCCGUACCCUUGGUGCGCUCCUUUGCCAGGCCCUUUGGUGCCUUGGCCUGGGACUGCGCGGAAGCCCGCAGAAGUCCCAGAAGCGCGCUACCUUUGGAAGGUGCUUCCAGGCUUUGAUGCGCUUCCGGGGCAGGAUGCCAUGUCCGUCAGAUGCAGCGAUGCCGAAGCGGCCAAGCUUCUUUGCAUCCAACGGGGCUUUGGUGGGUUCGCCUUGCACCAGGGUUGGGCCUACUUCCGCUCCGUUGCCGCCGAGGAGCUGCUGUCCUGCUUGCGAAGCGGCUUCGACCAGACGGUGCUGUACAUUCCGGAGGAGGUCCGCCUCUGUGCUACCUGGGUGGAGCUGGAGCCCGUCUCGCCAAAGGCGCAGGUACCCAGCCGCCCCAAGGAUGACAUGGGAGGCAUCCAGGACCGCAUCGUUUUGCCGUUGGAUAAUGAUGGGCAUCCGGAGGCUGCCAUUGAGGCGUGUCAACGGGCGUGCCUUGAGCGGGGUAGCUCCGGAUACGAGUUGGGCGCCGACGGCAGCGAAGCUCGCCUCGUCCCUCAGUCCGAGGAGGAGGCUCUCCGAUCACAGUGGAAGGAGGGUCGCCUGAGGUCCUGCAGCGAUAGCUGCCCCCUUCCGCGGCUCCAUCUGCUGCAGCUGACUGCGGUGUCCAUAGGGCUGGAGGUGUUUCGCGACAUGGAUGCCUUUCCAGGCAGCGAUGCUCGCGUGCAGAAAGAUCCUGGCCUGGCACGGUGUCGGCAAAUCUGCCUGACGGAGGGCUUUGCAGGCUUUGCCAUCAAAGACGGCGUAGCCCGUUUUCGCCCGACUCUGAGUUCGUGGCUGUGCAUAGGCCUCAAUCGAGACGCCGAUGGGGUUCCGUAA